UAACCUCUUGGCCGCUUCCCCCAGCUGAGUCACGCGCGUGGGAGGCCCGUGUCCCGUGGAAAGGAGCCUCUCUCUCUCUCUCGAGCUGCUGGGAAGGUCCGCACCUUUUCCGGCGGCUCGGUUUGAAGCACAGGAACUCAAACUGGAGAAACCUGGGCUUCCUGGUUGCCUCCUGGCCGAGAGGCGUGUCCCAGGAAGAGAAGGGAAGGGAAGGGAAGAGAAGGGAAGGCCGGCCUCCCCCUCCCUCCGUGGCCGCAUCGCUCGCUGCAGGGGCUUGACUCUGAAGCGCCGGAAUGAAGUGUGUACUGAUUACCAGUGAAGGUGCAGAAGUCCUUUUCUACUGGGCUGACCCAGAGUUCUUGGCAACCCUGCAGCAGCGUUUUGGGGCUAAUCAUCCUAAUGGUGACAAGCCCCCUGCCGUGGAGGACAGCAUCAACACAUUGUUUGCCCCCAUGAUCAUCUCAUACGCAACAAUGCUAGAGAAGCUUGGCGACUCGUACACUUGCUUCUCUGCUGAAAAUGGCAAACAUCUCUACGUCCUACACAUGUUUGGUGAGUGCCUGUACAUUGCGCUGAAUGGCGAUGGCUCUGAAAGCGAAGAUGACUUGCGUCGGAAGCUAUUUGUGCUCAGAAGACUCACUGAGGCUCACUUUGGACUAGUCACACUUGACAGCCAUCUCUUCCGCAGGGAGCUGCGCCCAAUAGAUUCUGAGCAACGUGCUCACGUCUGGGGACUACUUCAAAGUCUGCUGGAAACCUAUACCCAGCUGCGCCAGGACGACCAAAGCUUUGCUGUAGAGGCUGUGGAGCGACUGAUCCAUCCGCAGCUCUGUGAACAGUGUAUUGAGUUCCUGGAGCGCCAAGUUGUGCAGUACAUCAACAACAGCCCAGAACGAGCUGGGCAUGAAGUAGUCCAUGCUUUCUUGCUUGUGCACACCAAACUACUUGCUUUUUACUCCAGCCGGAAUGCCAGCUCACUGCGACCUGCUGAUUUGCUCACCCUUAUCCUGGUUGUACAGGAUCUGUAUCCCAGCACUGCCUCUGAAGAGCAGCCUAACCUCCAGGUUGCAGAAGAUGAGUCAAGUCUUCAGAGGCCCUUCAGCAGCGAGAGCAUUGCAGUGAACAACCCUUGUUCCCCUGGAUAUUCAGAAGAACAGGUAGCAGAUGAUGUCUCUAUGCCCGAGGAAUUCUACACCCCUAAGGCUUCCCCUAGCCAACAGAGCACUGGAAGUGCUGUCUGGGUUGAGGGUGCAGAAUUUCAGGCUGAGGGAGAGUCAAAUUCUUCUGACAUCCAGAUGGCUGAGGAUUCGCUGCAGGCUCUGGUGCCUCCCACUCUAGAGGCUACCAAUCCACGGAGAAUUUUCCUGGAUGCCAACCUGAAGGAAGGUUACUGCCCCAUGAUGCCUCACAUGAUGCACUGUCUUUCCCUCUGGCCAGGGAUCUCACUGGUGCUCCUCACUAAGGGCCCCAGCUCCCACGUGGCACUGUCCCUUUACCAGUUGCUAGAUGGUCUCCUGGUGAUGGAGAAGAAGCUGAAAGAGGGCCUGGAGGCCAAGCAGCCUCUGCGCUCUCAGCCCCUCCUGCUGGAACUCCGACAUCGCAUGGACAAGUUUGUCAAGAAAUUGGGUGGGCAGGAGCCACAGUUGCAGAAUGCCUGGCUUGUUUUCAAGAACAAAGUUUUCUCACGCGGUGAAUCUGGGAAUCCCUGGGAACUCCAGCAGGCAUUUUGUAAUGUCCGCCAACAGCUUUGUGCUGUGUAUCGGAUUCUCUUUCUUGGAUCAUCAGGGGUUCUGGGCUUGUCUCGGAAUGUGCUGGACCGGGCACAGCAGUUCACACGGGACAAGCUUCAAGACUGGAGGGACUUCCUCCUUGUGAAGAGCAAGCGUAACGUUACUAUGGUGUCAUACCUAGAGGACUUCCCAGGUCUUAUACACUUUAUUUAUGUGGACCGCACAGUGGGACAGAUGGUGGCUCCGUCCCUUGGCACAACUGAAGAUUCUGCUUCUGAACUCGGCAAGGGGUCCCUGCCUGCCUUCAUUAAGGAGAAGGUAUGGUCACUGGUGGCACUGGCUCGAAGCUACUUGCAGAAGGGCUACACUACAUUGACUAUCCGGGAUGGAGAUUACUAUUGCACUUACUUUCUUUGGUUUGAGAAUGAGCAGGGCUACAAGCUGGAGAUUACAGAUGUGCCGGUGCUUUCUGAUGAUUCGGCCCCCAUUGGAACACUGGCAGGUGACUACUACAGGAAACUCAUCCGUUACUACAGCAAGAGUCAUACGAAUGAUGUGGUGAAGUGCUAUGAACUUCUGACCAUCCACCUGGGCAUCAUGCCCACAGAGUAUGUGAUCCAGCAAGCAUGUGACUUAGCCCGUCAACUCUGGGAGCCAACCCGUAUUCCCUUUCUUUAGGGCCUUUUUUGCUGCUUUUUUGCAAUUUGGGUGUUUCCUUCUCCUUUCUGGUCUUGACUGCACCUCGGGACUCUGCUGGAUUAAUUUCCAUCGGACAUUGCAUUUGAACAACGUAUUUUUUUCAUACUGCAAAAUUGGAAGAUCUGCCUGUUUUUCCUCUUGCCAUGUUGAAUCAGAUGCCCCUGCCUGAAAGCUUGACAUGGGACAUUGAAGCUAAUGGGACCAAUGGCUUUUGAGGCAGAGCUGCUGCCAUGGUGUAGACGCUCAGGGAAAUCCCUCCUCCACCUUCUCCUUGUGCACAUACUCACACAGCCUUCUCUACCUAUGAAACAAACGUUCAUAACAAUGGUAUGCCAAAGCCUGCCCUAGCCAAAAAUUUCACACAUCCAAUUUGCCACCGAAGCAGCAGCUCAAAUCACUACGAACAAAGCUUUGCUUUGGGCUCUCAUAAAUGGAAGUGUCUCUGAGAAUAGGCUGUUGGAACUGAUGCCUGACUAAUUUGGCAGCAUCAAGCUUGCACCUUUUUAUCCUAAAGAAAAACUUGCAGUUUGUUAUCCUAAAGGAAAUUACUCUUCCCACAAUGAGGGAACAGGAAUGUGUGUAAGGGAAGAAAACACUGUUUCACUGUUAAAACAUACAAGGUUUCACAUGAGGCGUGAUCAGAUUCAAGGGAGGAAAGUAUGCAGGCAGAUUCUUUCCAAAAAUUGUUUUGAAUUUCUACUACAAGACUUCAGACAGAGUGGGCUUGCAUCUGGACUUUUGACAGAAGUGUCAACUUUUUGGUAUGUGAGGUGCGUUCUACCACUGAAUACAUAAAAGAGUACUUGUUUCAAAAAAUUGAAUCACCAGAAAACAGCUUUAAGAUCUACCUUUUGCACACAUACAUAUAAGCAUAGCUGGAAAUACCAGACAUAUUCCAAAUACAAGACCUUCCUGAGUGGUGAAUAUAUGUACUAAGUCAACCUCAGAAUAGUUUUGUAAAAGGUUAUCCAUGAAAAAGACAUGCAAGUUGAUUUGUUUUGAAAUGAUAAUGGUAUUUUGUAUUUUUUUAAAAACCAAACGAAUAAGCUAAAUAUACUGUAAAUGGAUGGAAAUGUAAACUUCAGAAAUGAUAAUGGUUUCUUUACUACAGCAUUUCAUAUGCCAUAUACAAUUCUAACUCAGUGGCAAGCACAUGUUACUAAUUUUAUAUUUAUGGGAAAAUGUACUUUUAUACACUUUGCAAGAAAGAACUGAGCAUAAGGUAAAGGUAAAGGUUUUUCCUUGAUAUUAAGUCUAGUCGUGUCCGACUCUGUGGGUUGGUGCUCAUCUCAAUUUCUGAGCCAAAGAACCGGCGUUGUAUGUAGACUCCUCCAAGGUCAUGUGGCCGGCAUGACUGCAUGGAGCGCUAUUACCUUCCCGCAGGAGCCGUACCUAUUGGCAGAAGCUGGGGCUAACAGUGGUAGCUCACAUCACUCCCCGGAUUCGAACCGCCGACCUUUUGAUCAGCAAGUUUGAUCAGCAUAAGUAUACUUAGUAUAUUUUAUAUUAUUAAACCCUUGCAAAAGCUUUGUAUUGAAUCUCAGUGGUUUGUGGAUAAUGAUCUAGACCCACGGAUGGCUUCAGAACAAAAGGAGCAGGAUAUACUGUUGCAUGCUCACUUGUGAUUAGGAAACUGAAAAACCCAGCAGAGUAGAAAGCAAAGCUAUUAAAAACACAUCCCUCCCCACCCCAUUGCAGGACAAGAUAAAGCAGAAACUCACUACGGAUAUACGUAUGGUCUCUUAUCAUUGUAAUAACUUCUUAGAAGGAAAACAAAUGCUGUGAGAUAAUUCACACUGGAGAAGUAUAGUUUUAAUAGGAGAACAGACAUUACAAAGAAUAGAGCAAUGAUGCAAUAUAGUGAAGUUUCUGAUAAAAUGGCAAAGGCAGAGGCCAAGGUUCUUCCAUAACCUUCAUGGGGGGAACAGAGUGAAUAGGUUCUGUUUGAAAAGAGAUUUGGCAGCUUAAAAUGCACAAAAAGUCAAAAAGCAUAGAGUAGAAAUGUGCAAUAAUUUGAAGUAAAUUGACACUAUCUUGUCUUAAUGUCUUAAAAGAUAAAACAGCAUUGACAAUCAUAAUAAAAUAUAUGAUGGAACAUGACUUUUGUAAAACUAAAUUAAGAUAUGGUUUAUAGCUAGUGGUGAAGACAGUAAAAACUAUUUUGUGAAGCUACUCAGAAAGCAUUAUUUGGUUCUUUAGAAGAUUUUGUACAAAGGAAAAAGAAAAUUCAGAAAGAUUACACUAUGUAACAAAAUUUGAAAAAAUUGUUCCCGAGUUGAAAGUGUUGUUUCCUGUUUAAAUGUGCUGUACUUACUUUGAAAGUGGUUGUUAUACUCCGGAAGCUUCAUUUUUGUUGUGUUGUUGAAGGCUUUCAUGACCAAAAUCACUGGGUUGCUCUGAGUUUUCCAGGCUGUAUGACCAUGUUCCAGAAGCAUUCUCUCCUGAUGUUUCGCCUGCAUCUGUGGCAGACAUCCUCAGAGGUUGCGAGGUCUGUUGAAAACUAGGCGAGAGGGGUUUAUAUAUCUGUGGAAAGUCCAGGGUGGAAGAAAGAACUCUUGUCUGUUUGAGGCAAGUGUUAAUGUAGCAAUUGGCCUCCUUGAUUAGCUUUGAAUGGCCUUGUAGCGUCAAGGACUGGUUGAUUCCUGCCUGAGAGAAUCUUUCAUUAGGAGGUGUUAGCUGGACCUAAUUGUUUUCUGUCUGGAAUUCCCCUGUUUUCUGAGUGUUGUUCUUUAUUUACUGUCCUGAUUUUAGAGUUUUUAAAAUACUGGUAGCCAAAUUAUGUUCAUUUUCAUGGUUGUUUUUUUAUCGUUUUCAUUUUUGUUUUUUAUCUUUCUGUUAUCUGAAACCAAAAAGGCUUGUAAUUUUCCUUAAUGAAAAUAUGCACAAAAACAACCUUUUCCAUGUUUUCAUGAUAGAACCAAUUAGGAAAUGACAUUUAUAACCCACUCUCCUAAAAUUCCAUUAUGCCUUGUCUGGAAGCACUUGAAUUCAAUACACAUUUGGAAGAAACAAGUAUUGUAAGAACCUUGCAGGAUGCAACAUGCUGUUAACCCUAUUAACAGCUGUGCUAGGUUAUAUUUUUUUGUCAAUAAAAGACAUGGGGAAUUGUUCUGUUAACACCUAGAAUUAAAAUGGCUAGGAGAUAAGAAACUAGCAAAUACUUCAGGGAAAUGUGAUGAGUUUGGAAUAUUCAUGUCACUCAGUCAUGAAGCUCACUUGAUCAUUGGUCUAAUUUCUUACCUUUCAGACCAAUCUAUCUACCUGGAUACAAAUGAUAAAAUUGGGGGAGUGAAUUUCCAUAUAUAUUGUCCUAGCUUAUUUUAAGGAGACUAGAGCCAAAAUAUAAUAAAUGAAAAAAUGGAAUAGUUUGCUUUCUGUGGGUGAUAGAAAAUAAUCUAACUGUGCUCUUAUAUUGAAUAUUAUGCUUUAUGCUGAAAAGAAUAGAACAAUAUAAUGGGAAUGUUGAGCAGCCUUUCUGUUUUUUCUGUUCUCUGGCAAACUAUUUGUUUCAUACACAGAAAGGGAAAGGCAAUUGCGUAUUACUUUCAUUAAAAUGUAAAGUUAAGAAAUAUUCUUCAAUAUGAGAGAGCCAAUUGGAAAAGGGGAAGAUAGUGGAAUGGUCCAAAAAAAUGCAGGUAACUACAUGCGGAAAGACAGUGAAUUUAUCAGCCUGGUGGAGGAUAUAAUUACACCAGUAAAUAGUAGAGGUUAAUUAUUCUUUGAACGUUUGAGUGAAAACCCAUACAAGCUACCUGAAGUCCCUCAGUUAUUUAGAAAAAGGAAAGAGUCAGGAACAUGCUUGAGACUCAGUCGCCCAGCCAAUAUUUAAUACUUCUUGUGGUCACCUAAAAGUGCCACAUCAGUUUGAUUGAAUAUUAAAUGAUAUGAAUACAAAUGUUAAUCUUUGUAUGCCACUUUCCCAAGAUCAAAUGGUGUCACAGACCAAAAAAUACCAAAGCCGAAACAAAACAAUUAAGUCAAUAUACAGCAAAAUCCAAAUACAAUUAGGUCAAGGUAAAGAUUUCCCCCUGACAUUAAGUCUAGUCGUGUCCAACUCUGAGGGUUGGUGCUCAUCUCCAUUUCUAAGCCAGAGAACUGGCAUUGCCCAUAGACACCUCCAAGGUUAUGGGGCCGGCAUGAUUGCAUGAAGUUCCAUUAUCUUCCUGCUGGAGCGGUACCUAUUGAUCUACUCACAUUUGCAUAUUUUCAAAAUGCUAGGUUGGCAAAAGCUGGGGCUAACAGCGGGAGCUCACCCCCCACUCCCUGGAUUCAAAUUGCCAAUCUUUGGGUCAACAAGUUCAGCAACUCGGUGGUUUAAUCUGCUGUGCCACCUGGGGCUCCCUUUUAGAUACAAUUAAUGGAUAAUAAAAAUUCAAUCAACAAUUCAUUCAACUUGCACAGGCUCCUUUGUGAGUUUUUUUGUAACACAAAUGGGAAAAUUUAAAGAAUCGAUGUAUCUAGACAUAGAUUUAUCUAGAGCUUUCCAAAUGUUUCAUGUGAGUGAAACACUUUUGAGACAUGUAUCAUUUUGCAACAUAGUCAUUCAGUUUUACUGGCAAACUAGAAGUUAAACCAACCCUUUAUAAGAGAUAUGGACACUGUAAUAAUGAAAUGUAUGGGGACGCAACAUAUCUCCUGAAAACUUUUCAUAUAUGUAUAUUUAAAUAUAUAUGUUUUUGCUUAUUUUGCAAAGAAUCACAGGUUUUUUGUUAUGUUCAUGCAACACACCUACAGAGUUGCAGCCAAAACACAAAUGUGUUGUGACACAAUUGGGAAAGCUCUGAUCUAGACCGAUUAAAAUACUAGAAAAUUCCA